AUGUCCGUUCGGAAACGCAGCCAGUCGCCUGUACUCAUAGGACGACCCAGUGCCCACCAUCCGUCCGUGACACUCUUUGACACUAUAGCUGUCGAAGUUGCAGGCUAUGAAACCAAUCCAAGGCGUUCCAAGCGAGGCAGAUUCUCAAACACUACUUACAAAGAAGAAUCCGACGAGGAUGAGAAACCUACGGCCUCUUCUAGCUUAGCUCCCCGCCGUCGACUCUCCGAGCCAUCAACACGGCGUGCGACUGAACGCGGCUCUAAACGUAAAUCCACAAAUUUGAAAAAGACAGAUGGGCGCAGCGAUUUCCUUCGGAAAAUCAAACCAAUACCACAAACAUUAGAUGUUCCCCACCCUGCUCCUUCGCGAUGGCAGGAAACGUAUGAUGCAAUCAAAGAUAUGCGUUCCAGGACCGUCGCGCCCGUCGAUACGAUGGGUUGUGGCCGGGCACAGCUGGGGGAAACUAUUCCAAAGAAUCAGCGAUUCGCAACGCUCGUUUCUUUGAUGCUGUCAUCUCAAACAAAGGACGAAGUAACAUCUGCUGCCGUGGAAAAAUUGCGCGAAGCAGUGGGCGGCAGCUUGAGUGUCGAGGCCGUGCUGAGAGCUGAUGACCAUAUCAUAUCGGAUGCAAUCUGUAAGGUUGGUUUCUGGCGGCGCAAAACACAGUAUAUAAAGCGAACUACACAACGGCUACAUGAUGACUUUGACUCUGAUGUGCCGAAGACAGUCGAUGAGCUGUGUUCACUGCCAGGAGUGGGUCCAAAGAUGGCAUUUCUCGCUCUGCACGUUGCUUGGAAAGUAAAUGCUGGUAUUGGUGUCGACGUACAUGUUCACCGCAUCACUAAUAGAUUAGGAUGGCACGCUCCUCCAACGAAGAAUCCGGAAGAGACACGACUUAACCUUCAGUCAUGGCUACCAACCGAGCUCCGGCCAACAUUCACGGGUCUUUUGGUGGGAUUUGGGCAGCCGGAUACAAUGCCUGUUCUAAAGAGGAGCGCGUCGCCUCUCGAUCCUAUGCAUAUAGUCGCGUCCCAUACUACUGUGCGACGUUCAAAGCGACUGAAAUUAACCACAAAAUGUGAAGACGAGGCAUCAGAUACACUCAUCACAGUAGACGGCUCAAGUAGUGUCAUAAAAAAGGAGGACACUGUGAGCGGGAUAGAUAAGGUGAAAGUGCAUCGUAGGUCAACGAAGCGGACAGGAACAGCAUCACCUCGUAAACAGAAGCCUAUACAGCAAGCAUUGGACGUACCGCAUCCUACUCCUCCUCGGUGGCGCGAGGUGUAUGAUACAAUCAAAGACAUGCGCUCUCGUAAAGUGGCACCGGUGGACACGAUGGGGUGUAACAGGGCGCAGGAUGAGGAGACAGUACCUCAGAAUAGGCGAUUUGCGACUCUAAUAUCUCUCAUGUUAUCGUCUCAAACUAAAGACGAAACCACUUUUGCUGCAGUCACGAAAUUGCGAGAAGUAGUAGGCGGAGCUUUAAGCGUCGAGGCCAUCUUGAAUGCUGACGACAGUGUCAUCUCGGAAGCUAUAUGUAAGGUUGGAUUCUGGAGACGGAAAACGCAGUACAUCAAGCAAACCGCCGAGCAGCUCCGGGACAGGUUUGACUCGGAUGUACCGAAGACAGUGGACGAGCUGUGCUCCUUACCGGGCGUUGGUCCUAAAAUGGCUUUUCUAGCUUUACAAGACGCGUGGAAGUUAAAUGCUGGUAUUGGUGUAGAUGUACAUGUGCAUCGCAUAACCAACAGAUUAGGAUGGCAUAAACCACAGACCAAAACACCAGAAGAGACUCGAUUGAACCUUCAAUCAUGGCUGCCUUUGGAACUUCACCCUGAGAUAAACAGCUUGCUCGUGGGCUUUGGUCAGACGAUUUGCAUGCCCGUUGGCCCCAAGUGUAAUGACUGUUCACUUCGUGAAGGGCUAUGUCCUAGCGCUCGGACUGUGAAGAGCAAAAGCAGGAGCAGAGGGGUCGUCGCUGAGGUUGCCGGCAGUCUAUCCGGACCUAAAGUAGAGAUCGGUAUCGAGCCAGAGGUCAAGAUAGAGCUCUCAGAUACCACCGUACGUCUUGAGGAAAAUACCUCAAGAUCUCAGCUUGAAUGA